AUCUUUAACUUUUCACCUUUCUUCACAGCCAAGGAAUUAACAAAAAUAUCCUUCCAUCUCCAUAUGCCUAAUCACAAAUUACCACUAGAGAUGCCAUGAAGUACAUGUAGUACACAGAUCAUAUAUAGAAUCCGGUACUGCAGAAAUCUCCUUUUUCAAUAACUAUAACAUGGUCCUUUUAUCUUUAAUUUUGUGUUCCUCUUUUGCUUCAAUUUUUCAAGAAAAGAGGGACAGAGGAAAAGAGAGAUUAAUGGUUCCACAAGUUACCCUUUUCUGGAGCAAUGGCACAGAAAUCAUGUUCCCAGGAUGGCCAGGUCAACGCUUCAGCUCUUACUUGUCAGUCUUAGCUUCUGUGUUUCUGGUAGCAUUGGCAAUAGAGUGGCUUUCACAUGCCAGAUUGAUCAAACCUAGCACAAACUAUGUCGCUGUAGGGUUCCAGCAAACGGUCAUGUAUGCUAUUAGAGUAGCACUUGCUUUCUUGGUUAUGCUGGCAGUCAUGUCCUUCAACAUAGGCGUCUUUAUAGCUGCUGUUACUGGAUAUUCGGUUGGAUUCUUGAUUUUUGGUAGCCAGGUUUUCAAGAAAUCAAAGGUCGAACCAUAUGAAAAUUUAUCCGAUCUUCCUCCACUGAACUGCUGAUUAGUAGCUCUAGUUAGUGUUUGAGAUUAUGCCUCCCAUAGUCAAAAGGCACAAUAUGCUUGAAGCGAAAGAGGGGAAUAUUUAUUAUCAGUUGUCAAUUCCAUAGUCUAGUAUCCAAUAUCUGGUAUGGAGCUGUUCAUUUCAUAGUCAGGCAAAAAAGGAUAAGGAUUCAAAUUCUAACACUUUUCCCUGUAAACUUUUCAGUGUACAGAAAAAUUGAGGAGUGGGAAGGUUUGGCACAGAGGGCGGAUGGCUCUUCUUUGAUUGGGAGUGCUCAUUUUUGUUUUGGAUUUUCAUGUAUGUGUGUAGAAGCAUGUAUAUAUAAUAUUUUGAAAGUGAAUUGUGGUCUUGUCAUUACUAA